AUGGUUGCACCCAUUAUAACUAGUUCUUCACUCGCAUCCGGGAUUACCGACGAGAACGAAGAUAUGAUCCUAUUCUGCAAAGCUGAUGGAUUUCCAUUACCGAAUAUAWCAUGGACUAAAGGCAGUAGCCCUAAGGUUAUUCACACAGGGAACACUUUAAUACGUAAAGCAACACCUGAAGCUCAAGGGACAUACAAAUGCUCCAUAUCAAAUGGAAUUGGACCCAUAAAAACCAAGGAUUUCAAUGUYACUGUUAUUGGCUACUGUGCACAAAAUCAAUGUCAAACUGGUUCCCAAUGCAUAAGCACAAAGAAAUCGUAUGUCUGUAAGUGUACUCGUGGAUUGACAGGACAAUUUUGCGAAGUGGAAGAUCGCCUCAAUAAAAGGUUUCGUGUUCGCUUGGUAUUUGUCAAACCAACAUGGAGUCCUCAGCUGUAUAACAGGUCCAGCACGGAAUUCAAAGACGUAGAGGAAAACAUUUGCUCCCAGAUGAAAAUAAUCUAUGGAGACAUUUUGAAAGGCUGUGAAGUGAUAACGUUGAAACCCGGAAGCCUAGAUGCUGARAUUGAACUACAAUUCAGCCAAACGUUGACUCAAAGCGAGUUGGUAAAURYCAUAAAGAAUGCCACGAUUAAUGGCACAAAGUUGUCAAAUMGACUUGUGUUGAAGAACUCGGCGAACGCAAUCASAGCAUCUGCUGUUGAAUCACCGUGUUCAAGUGAGCCUUGUAAGUUUGAUAGCGUGUGCAAGGUAGAUGGCAACAGUUAUAAGUGUGAAUGCAAACUAUUCAGAUAUGGACAAAAUUGUGAAAAAGGCAUUGGAUUGCUACACGGUGUAAUGUUCAUCGUGGCUGUUGUGCUGCUAAUCCUAGUCAUCCUCAUGUUGAUUUGCCUUUACUGCAGACUAAGGGAAGGCGGGAAAUAUGUUACAAAUCAAACGGGWUAUGGAUUAGAGCAAAAGCACGUGGGRUCAUCGGUUAACUAUGCAGUAGAUGACGUGAAAAACGAAAGUAAUGAUGUGCAACAAGGAAAAGAGGAAAGUGAAAGUACCUUUGUUUCAUUUAACAAGAAAAUCAAUGRCCGAGAGYCAGUCACGGCAUCUUAUGCGAACAUUGUCGAUGCACAUAAUGAURCACUUCGGAAAUCACCCAUUGAUGACGAGCAAGCCGAUUAUGAAAAAACCGGGCGMGUUAUCUAUGAAAACGUAAGCAUYRCGAUUAUUUAUAUAUGCAUCUUUCGCUUCUUUGARAGCAUUCUGCCRGAGUGA